AUCAAAUUCCUUAUGCAUCUGUUUAUGCGCUUAUGCAAAAGUCUGUGCUCCUGCCUUAAAACUAAAAAUUUUUAGUCGGCAUUCGUGAUACAUAACGCAUUGUUUUGUAAUAAGGGAACAAAAACAAUACUAUAGUUAUGAACGUUAUAAAUGUUGAUAUAUGAUUUGUGAUGUCGCUAUCAGUGGACGCACGCGGAUGUGAUCUAGCUGAGGGAGUUAUGAACAUCAAUAUUUUAAGACAAAUAGAAGAUGAUCUAGAUUUGGACGAAAAGAUCUCUAUACUAUUUUUGAUAAUAGAGGAUUACGCGAAUGCGUUCACAUGUAUUUUUAAUCUUUAUCAAAAAGCAAAGAGAGAGAAGGCUUAUAUAAUUAUAGAUUAUGUCAAAAGCCACCCAGAAAACUGGGAAGAUAAAGUCUUGGAAGCAUUGUGCAUUGUAAAUAAUUGUGAAGUACUAGGGAAGCUGAGAGUAUCGUUUGAUAUCUUAAAUAGACACUAUGUUCCAAAGAUCAGGUUGUCUGCACAAAAUGUAAAUGUGAUUGCAAAAUGUUUAUACGACGUAUGUGAAUCUCUGGACGAAGAUGAACAAAACUUAUUAAUAAGAUUUGUUAAAUCUGAAAAUUCUAAUUAUGAACCACUGUUAGACAAUGUUGAUUGUCUCGAGUUACAUAUGCUUUAUUGGAUGCAAAUUAAAUACAUUACAAUUUCAAAAGAUAGAGAACAUUUAAUAAGAUUAUUGAAGCAUUUGGCAAGUUUUGCGAACUUGCAGACAAUUUGUUGGGAUUUGGAAAAGUUUGACAAUCAUUUGCACGUUGUUGAUACUUGUAGAACUUUUGAGAUAAACAAUAAAAAUUAUUCUGAGUCGAUUUCGUUAGAAGAACCAUCCCUUACAGAAAGGAAUUGCUACCGAAAAAAUAUACGAGCUAUUAAUAGUGGAUUGUGCAUUAUUAUAAAUCAGAUGGACUUCAGAACAGAGUAUGAAACAAGAUAUGGAACUAAUGCAGAUUGCGCUAGCCUAUCUGAAACAUUUCAAGCGUUUGGUUUCACAGUCUGCAAACACGAAAAUUUAGUAAGAAAAGAAAUAUUAAAGAAGAUAAGCAACAUUCCAAAAGAUCAUGGUAAUACAUUUGAUUGUAUGUUUCUCUGCAUUUUAAGUCAUGGAUACACAGGAGGUAUAAUAUCAUCAGAUGAGCAAGAAGUUUCAUUAAUAGAAAUCGAAAGAGCUGUUUGUUGUAUGGAAUUGAAGGAUGUUAUAAAAAUUGUUAUUAUUCAAGCCUGCCAGGGAAAGACGCGUGGAAUUAUAAAUGAUAAUUUAGCAAGAGAUGGCUUAUAUGAUACGGUACCUAAAACAGAAGAUACAAGCAAGUUUGAAAAUUUUUAUAUGUUCAUGUCAACAUUACAAGGUUUUUUAUCAAUACGUCAUAAAGAAGAAGGUUCAUGGUUUAUACAAGAAGUUUGUAGAGUUUUGAAAACUUAUGGAAACCAGCUGACUUUUCUCGAAUGUGUUCGAGAAAUAAUGACAUCUGUGCGAAAGAAAAAAGGGACAAUAGAAGGUAAUCGAGUUGCACAAUUAGCGGAGGUACGUCCAGAUCGUUUACAGUCAGAUUUUCAGUUACAAAGUGCAGCUGAUUCUGUUGUUUGAAACUUUAUUGCUGAUUUGUUUUUUUUAUUUUCAUAUAUUUUAUUUUAAUUUUUAAUAUCAUAUAAUAAUUUUUAAUUUGUGGAACAUUUUUAUUGUAAAUGGAAAAAUGUAUAGAUUGUGUAAUCAUGGAUAUAUUUUUUAAACAUUUCUAUGUUAUGUAUAUUUGAACGAGAUUAUAUUAAUUUUAUUUUCAUGACAAAUUGGAAAAAUGAAUAUAUGUUAAAUCAAUUUUGAAAUAUUUAAUCUUAAAUGUAUUACAGUAUUAAAUACGUUAUUGUACGUUGUUUUAUUUUCUUGAAUUGACAUAUACAUCUAUUAUAAAGCGUAUCACGAAAAAAUAUAAAAUUUC